CGCAGCUCCAGUAGAGUCGCCAUGGCUUCUGCUGCUUCAAGCGCACAGCGCGAUGCCAUCUUUGCCGCCCUCCGUCACGACAAGGCCAACAAGGCCUGCGUCGACUGCAAGGCGCGCAACCCGACCUGGUCCUCGGUCACGUUCGGCGUCUACAUCUGCCUCGACUGCUCUUCGGUCCACCGCAACAUGGGCGUCCACCUCACUUUCGUCCGCUCGACCAACCUCGACAUCUGGUACUGGACCCAGCUGCGGGCCAUGAAGUGCGGCGGCAACGCCUCGUUCCUCGACUUUCUCGCCCGCCACCCCGGGUCGGCCUCGGGCGACACAAAGGACAAGUACAUGUCGCGCGCCGCCCAGCUGUACAAGGAGGAGCUCCAGCGCCGCAUCAAGGACGACGAGCGCAUCUUUGGGCC